AUGAGCUCUGCACUGCCGUACGACUCGCUGUCAGCUCGGCCGAGUCCCAGCAGACGAGCUUUGGACUGGGAGCGCGACCAGUUAGCGGUGCGAAGACUGUCCUGCCCACAGGGUCUCAACCUUCUCACUCCUCCUCCUCUUCCUCGUCGACCCUCGGCCAUCCCCGGCUACCUGCUGUCGCCCUACCAAGACCAGGAGGAGCACCACCAGCAACAGCGACUAUCCUUGUCUAUGUGCUCAGAGGCCUCCCUGGGUCCCCCUGCACCUCCUACUGUGGGGACUCCCCCACCCUGCUGCCGCCCAGUGGGAGUCAUGCACCUCCUGCGCCUGGCACUCCUCGCUUUCAGCUGCCUUUUCUGGGCAGCCGGCUUGGCCCUCUUCACCCUGGGUGUUUGGGCUCAGAUUUCCCUGGCAGACUUCAUGCUGUUGUCUGCCAAUCGCUACCCCAACGCCCCGAUCAUCCUCCUGUCCACCGGUGCUGCCGUCACCACUUGGGGCUUUUUAGGUUGCCUGGGGGUGGCUGCGAACCUGCCUUGCGUGCUGAGGGCUUAUGGGUUCUUUCAACUUGCCGCACUUAUAGCCGGUUUGGCCGCUGGACUCUCGGGCCUCUUCUACCGUGAAGAUAUCGCUGGAGGAUUUCGCAGUGGCUUACAGCGAGCGGUGGCCGGCUACACAGAGGAUGAGGGCCGUGCCGAUGCUCUAGACAGCCUUCAGAGGGCCCUGGAGUGCUGUGGAGCUGAGGGUUGGCAUGACUGGCUCACUUCAGAUUGGGCUUCCCAACAUAUGACCUUCCUGCCGAAUGAGAACAGUUCCUCGGUGUCCCUGCCGGACAGCUGCUGCGCCAGGCGCAAGGGUUGCAAGAAUCGUCCUCUUCUGUCAGAUGAUAACGACGAAGUGGUUGCUGCAGGAAUCCAUCCACACGGCUGCUUCCGUAAAGUCUUCAGUCUGGUCAACGACAACGUCUUCCACAUUGCUGCCACUGUGUUGGGAUUAGCCUUCACCCAGAUUGGAGGCAUUGCCCUAGCUUGUCUGCUCGCCAACAAACUAGCACCCAGACAGCAUCGUCGGGUGGUGGCCCAUUAA